AUGAAGUUGCCAUUCAUUGGACGCACCUCCUUCCAGGAAGUGGCUCACUCGGCAGCAGUGACAUGUGUGGCUUCCUGUCCUGGUAAGGACACUGUGUUCCUGUCCUGUGCUGAGGACAACAGAACUUUACUCUGGGACACCAGAUGCCCUAAACCAGCUACCCGAAUUGUUUGCAGUGCCUGUAAUUACCUCCCUACCUCAAUCAUGUGGCAUCCACAGAAAAGUGACAUCUUUGUUUUGGGUGAUGAAAGUGGAACAGUUGCACUAGUAGACACAAAGAAUCCUGACUCUGCCCUCAGUGCCACCGUGCACGCCCGGAGCAUCACGGGCUUUGCAUUCUCUGCACACAGUUCACCCUUACUGGCUUCCAUCAGUGAAGACUGUUCAGUUGCUGUUCUUGACUCAGACCUCUCAGAGGUGUUCAGAAACCGUUCUCACCGAGACUUUGUUAAAGGCUUAUCCUGGUCUCCUUCAGACGAUGCCUUGCUCACUACAGUUGGAUGGGAUCAUCAGGUUUUACAUCACACUGUCCCUGUACCAACUGGUGAAGCUUCUGGAGUCAACUGUGUAAAAGAAUAGUUUUAUAAACUCAUGGUCCAAGUUCCUUCCUGGCAUCACUUUGAUUCUGCUGAAGUCAAAGGUGUGUGUGAACUGGAGCGGGGAUGGUCUGUUGUCUGCCUUGAGGCUCGUGGCUCAGAAGGUUCCUGUAGUAAUUUUGAAUUAGGCCUGAGUUAGUUACAAACCAAGCUUUGCCCUCUCCUCGGGAGUGCUUCUGUAAUAUGACUUCAGUUUUACCCAGAGGAAAAAAAAAAAUUUGCUUCAGGUACAGAGGAGACUUGGAGAGAUGGGGAAUUAGGUGUAAUGAAAAAUAAACUUAGUCAAAAAGAUUGGAUUCCUCCCUCAGUUCUCCAAACCACCCAUGGUAUUAAUAGAAACAUUUUCUGAGGGGGUUUAACAACACACCUCCUCUCAGGUGGGUGUGAGAGCCUUGCCCUUGAGCAAAGUUCUUUGCUCUGAAAUGUAAUUCUUCCAGUGGAAUGGGAAGACAUGUUCUAAUUCAAAGACUAGAAGGGUUCCAGUGUUGUCCUUAAUGCAGCACUUGGUUUAGAGCACUGGGCUUCAGUGCCAGUGUGGAUCCUGUGCUGAGCACUGCUUGUGCACUGCUAUCAACACCUGUGCUUGGUGAGAGGAGUCCUGUACACUGUAUAAUGAGGCUCCCAGCUGUAGCCCUGUAAUUAAACACCUUUGGGAUGGUGCUGAAAUCCUGGGACCUGUGAUGCUCAGCCCCAGGGCCAGUUAAAGGGACUGAAAGCCAGAAGUGAGCAGUUGCUGUGCUGUUUGACACCAUAUUUCAUCUCCUCUGGGCUGAAGGCGAUUUACUCAAAGAUAAGACCUGUGAACAAAAGGUUUCUGUAAGGGAAAAACUGGACUAAGGACUUCAGUUGUCAUUUGCUUGCUCCUGUAACAGGCUCUGCUUAGUGAUAAACCAGACUCCUCGUGCACUUGUGAUGAGUGACUCUUGUGCCAGCGACUGAGGGGACAGAACACUCCCAUAAUCCCCAAAACAGACUCCACAUAAUCCCUAAGAGGUGUUUUUUUGUCAUAUAUCACAUCCAUUUCUAACUAAACUGUUUCCCUGGAAUAUAUUUAACUGAAAAAAAAAAAGUCAUUGCUCUGCAUGAAUUGCUGCUGCUCUAGAUAUGGCUUGGUCUGGCCUAGUAUCUCCUAGACAGAAUUAAGCAAGUCUUGGCUAAUGAAACAAAAAUACUGUUGAAAUGAAUGUUACCACUGGUUCUUUAGCAUGAUAGCAACACUUAAAUGUACACUGCUUCCAGUGUUUAUCCCUGCAUACACAUAGGUUUAGUUGUGCAAAGCCCACACUUAAUUUUUAGGCAGACUAAGCUUUCCCAGGCUCUGGACUUUUCUCAUAGUCUUUGUAAACCUCACCUGCUGCUUCUUUAACUCCCCUGUCAUACAGGUGUUCACAGAGCAAACCUCCUGUUCUAGAGCAGUGUAUGACAAGGAGAAGGUAAAUGACGAUAAAAACUGACACGUUUCCUCAAAAAAUCCCCUUUGAACCACAAAGUCCCCUCUUGGGGACCUCUGAUGCUGUACUGAAACAGGUCUUGUGCUGGUUCUGAAGAAGUUGUCUUGGCAGAUGGUUUUUAAAUAAAUCAUAGUUUUCAUUUGUAACUGGGUUUAAAGUUUCACUGGGCCAGUUCUGUAGCACUGAAGAGCCAGCUGAGAUCAUUCACACUGUUGAAGUUGUGGUUUCAGUCCCUGAUAUUAAAACUGUUCUUAAAUAAAUGA